GAUAAAAUAUUUAUUGUGUCUAAUUGUCAUUUAUUAAAGUUUUGAUUAUUAGAUAAAAAUUAAAAAAAAUCCCCAACAAAAUGACGAAUUCAAGUUUAUUGAUGUUUUGUUGUUUUUUAUUUGUGACAUUAGUUUUUUUAACAUGUGAAGCUGCCGGUAUUCACCCUGUUCCCAAAGAUUGUCCAGCAAAUGAAUUCUAUACUUGUGGAGGAGCUUGUCAAACUGAAUGUGCUACGCUUGGUGAACCAUGCCUCAUCGUGAAUAUUAAAUGUAAUGACGCCUGCUACUGUAAAGAAGGAUAUGCUCGUGAUGCAAAUGGACGUUGUAUACCAAUUAAAAAAUGCUCGAAAAAAAAUUAAUAGAUAAAAAAACUAUUUAUGGAACACUUUAUGAGAAAAUGUGUUUCAACCCCUUCACAUGAUGUUUAAUAUGAAAUUGUGUUUUAA